AUGGCUCCUCAGGGUACAAAGAAAAUCGACCCGGCCAAAGUCGAUACUGCCUGGAAAGUUUUACAAAUGAAAAUGCGAGAGGAGAAACCAAAUGCCGCGGCGACAUCAAAAACGACAGCUCCGCCAAAAGUAAACGCGAGAAAGCGAAAAUUUGCAAUGGAGAAGGCAGAAGCCGAAAAGCGAGCAAAACUCGCACAAGAAGAGGACACAAUCGUCAUUUCAAGCAAUAGAGACAGUGGUGCUCCAACACCGGUGAUGGCUCUUGAUUGUGAAUAUGUGGGCACCGGUGUAGGAGGAAAAGAGGACGCUUUGGCGAGAGUAUCUAUUGUGAAUGAACAAGGAAAGGUCGUUUACGAUAAAUAUGUGAAGCCAAAAGAGAAAGUCACCGAUUUUCGCACUCAUGUUUCCGGCAUUCGACCAGCUCAUCUUAUUACAGCGGAAACUUUUCAAAAAGUCCGAAACGAGGUGUGCGAGUUAUUCAGCGGGAGAACGAUUGUCGGACAUGCUUUGCAUAACGACUACAGGGUUUUACAAUUGGAUCAUCCAAAGAAAUUAACGCGUGAUACGGCAAAAGUCAAGUGUUUGCGAAACGAGGCACAAUGUGGAAAGUUUCCGCCAUUGAAACUGUACGCCGAGAAAUUGCUAGGAAUUCAAAUUCAACAAGGAGAACACGAUUCGGUCACUGACGCUCGAGUGGCACUCCGAAUAUAUCAGAUGUACAAGAAGAAAAUCGAGGACGAGAUUGCGCGAUACAAG